AGUCGGCGCUCGUGUCAAACGCGACCCCGACAUUCUCGCAGCUGCGCACGUCCCGACUCGCAUCCUGGUGUCUGCCACUGCAGGCCAAGGCAGGUGCCAGCUGCAGCGGUGACAUACAUACACAUUUGUCUCGAUUACUCUCAUUCUCCUGCUACUACCAUCAUUUAGUCCAUCAUUUAGUCAGCACCAUUGACAUCGCCGGCCUCGUCUUCCCUGCAAUUGCAACGUUCGCCUCCUCGUCGGUGGGGACUCGAGCCGUCACCAAACAGUAAAGGGUGAAAAAAAGAAGGAGGUAAGGGGAGGGGGUUUCGCCGGCGUGUGCGUAUCGAUUCCACAAUGAACGACUCACGGGCCAUGACGGAGAGACAGGAAGGACUGCGAGCGUCCAGACCACAAAAAUCUUUCCUCCCCCUAGUACCUUAGUGGUGUAACAUAGGUAGGCAGGUAGGUAGGUAGGUAGGUAGGUACCUAAGAGCUUUCAGACCCCGUCACGAAUCACAGGGGCGGAUUGGUCCAAACCGGACGGGAAAAAUGGGCCCAGCCGCGAUAGUGGAUCCCCACUCCCGAAUCCCGCGCCGAUUUCCCACCCACAGGCCGAAUUGCGACCGGAUCCCCAGGCCUGCUCUGCGAUGGUUCCUGUUGUUAUUGUGUGUUAUUCCCAGCGGAGGCCCCGAGGGUGACUCAGUCCCUCUUCUUUCCAAAAGAUGGGUACGAGUAUAAAGUCGGCCUGGCGCCCGCCCUCCUUUCCCGUCCCCGGUCCAGAACAUCUCGAAGGACAUUUUCCCUUGACCUCGUGUUUACCAGUCUAGGGCCACCAUCCCCCAAUUCUCUCGCUCCCUACAACCACCUUUCCCGUUAUUUCUCACCUCUCCAAGAGGCUCCGGCGUCCUCUGGAUCGAAUUCACAACAGCGUGAUCCACACAUUCUGAAGAGAACGUUCCGCACACAAAACCACCCAAGAUGGACCACCCAUCACGGACGUCAUCCCACACCCUCCCGCCAGGCUCUCCUUCCGACAUGGAAGAUGCAGCGGCAGGACGUCAGUACGCUCCCGUAACGGCCGCCGCCACCACCACCACACCCUCUCACCCUGCCUCACAACACAACAACCGCCGUCGCUCCUCCGUCUCAAGCGCCCUCCACCCCGUCGCGACAAAGGAGCGGGUCGACCCGGUCCUCGACGUCAACCUCCCCUACCGCACCCUCUCCCCCAAUGCCAACCUCGACGAGUACCGCAUCGAGACCCGCGCCGGCGAGAUCCCCGCGGCGACCACGACCUCGGCCGCGGCGGGCCCCGACGGCGCCCCAGCCGGCACCUACAAGCUCGUCACCUUCCUUCCCAACGAUGCCGAGAACCCCAAGAACUGGAGCAAGGCCUACAAGUGGUACUGCACCAUGGUCGUCGCCCUGACCUGCUUCGUCGUCGCCUUCUGCUCCUCCGUCAUCACCGCCGACAUCGCCGGCGUCGCCGAGGAGUUUAACGUCUCCGAGGAGGCCGCCCUUGUCUCCAUCUCCGUCUUCGUCAUUGGCUUCGGCGUCGGGCCCAUGGCCUUCGCGCCCCUCUCCGAAAUCUACGGCCGCCAGAUCAUCUACGCCUCGACGCUGCUGCUCGCCGUCGUCUUCAUCAUCCCCUGCGCCGUCGCCAAGAACUAUGCUACCCUCAUCGUCUGCCGCACCAUUGACGGCAUUGCCUUCUCGGCGCCCAUGACCCUUGUUGGCGGCACCCUCGCCGAUCUCUGGCGCAACGAGGAGCGCGGCGUCCCUAUGGCGGCCUUCUCCGCCGCGCCCUUCAUCGGACCCGCCAUCGGGCCCCUCGUCGGCGGCUUUCUCUCUGACGCAACUAAUUGGAGGUGGUUGUAUUGGAUUCAACUGAUUCUUGCCUUCAUCGUCUGGGUCCUCAUCUCCUUCACGGUGCCCGAAACCUAUGCGCCCACGAUCCUCGCCCGCCGCGCAAAGAAGAUGCGCAAGGAAACGGGCGACGCGUCCCACGUCACCGAGCAGGACAUCGACAUGCGACCCAUUGGUGAGCGCCUCGGCAUCUUCCUCAUCCGCCCCUUCCAGCUCCUCUUCCGCGAGCUCAUCGUCUUCCUCAUCUCCAUCUACAUGUCCGUCCUCUACGGGCUUCUCUACAUGUUCUUCGUCGCCUUCCCCAUCAUCUACCAGAAGCGCAAGGGCUACUCGGCCUCGUCGACCGGUCUCAUGUUCAUUCCCCUCGCCGUCGGCGUUCUCUGCUCGGCCGCAUGCUCCCCCUGGGUGAACAAGCACUACCUCAAGAUGGUCGCCAAGCACAACGGCCACCCGCCCGCCGAGGCCCGCCUGAUCCCCAUGAUGCUGAGCUGCUGGUUCAUCCCCAUCGGUCUCUUCAUUUUCGCUUGGACCUCCUACCCGCACCUGCACUGGGCCGGCCCCGCCUUGGGUGGCUUCCCUGUCGGCUUCGGCUUCAUCUUCCUCUACAACUCAGCCAACAACUACCUCGUCGAUUCGUAUCAGCACCAGGCCGCCUCGGCGCUUGCGGCCAAAACCUGCAUCCGUUCAUUCUGGGGCGCUGGUGUCGUUCUCUUCACGGAGCAGAUGUACGAUCGUCUGGGCGAUCAGUGGGCCUCGUCCCUGCUCGGCUUCAUCGGACUUGCGUGCUGCGGCAUUCCCUUCCUCUUCUGGGUCUACGGAGCCAGGAUCCGCGCGAGAAGCAAGUACGCUUACUCUUCCGACGAUGAGGAGACGUCGGGAUCCGACAUCGAGAAGGCCAAGCCGUAGACGAUUGUGAUGGCCCCCGACCCGUACCUUAGAGUCGGCCUAGACGGCACGACCUUAUCUCCAUCACACAAAACACAUUUUGCAUCAACGAUUGCUUUCUAGAAGUCAAAAUCGCAACUAGGUACAUAAGCCUGUAUUUCAUCACAUUUGAAUCAUUCGGCGUUUCGAUAUCGGCGUUGGAUGGCGGGGCCUAGAGGCUGGAAGAUGUGUUAGAUAAUAGAUGACGGAUGCCUUUGACCAAGAACGGUCGGUAUCGCAGAUAAUCCGUAAGCUUUCUUAUUACCAAACUUUUCCCCAGAAAACCAAUUGUCUCUUUGUGCGCACCUGAGCUAAUUGUGGGCCUCC